AUGCUGCGUCUGGAGCCGGCGCCGGUGGCAUUGCAGCACUACCUCAUCAUCAGCGCCCGCCACGGGUACACGCUGCCGAUCCACAACUACACCUGCCAGAUGCGUCUGUUCUUUGAGCAGAUGCCCGCUGAGGAGAUGGUGCAGAUGCAGAAUGUGUUUGCGCUUGGCCUGCCGCUUGCCUUUUUGCUUCUGACGGCGCCGUUUGUGCUGUGGCGUAUUGACCUGCUCCCCGGGUACCUCGCCGACAUUGACGUCAUCAGCUGGCUGUGGUACCUGCCGUACCUCCUGCGGGGCGCCGUCAUCAAGGCGGCGGUGGGGGGCGGCACGGUGCUUUGGGGGAUCUACCGCAACCGACGCGUCCGUGCGCGACAGCGUCAGCUGGAGAAACGGCGCCGCCACCUCAUGCAGGAGGCAGAGCGUCGGCCAGGCAUGCACGAUGGCCCCACACCGCCCGCGCCGUUUCAGCUGCAGCCGCAGCACGAGACAUACGCAGCCGCCGAUGGGAGUCCCGGCCCGAGCAGCGGGAAUAAUAAUAGUACUCAUAGGGGUCAUGGCAAUGGCUCCAACAACAACUCUGGCGGCAGCGGCAGCGGCAGCGGCACAGGCCAGGGUGGGGAGGAGCCGCAUGGGUCAAUCGCUGUGCAUGUGCGGCCGUCACCGCCCUCUCCGGGAGCAACGCCGGCAACAACGACAGCAGUAGUAGCUGUCGUGGAAGAAGGUGGAGGAGACGUGGAUGCCAGCAGCAAGAGGAAACACACCGAGGGGGAGAAGCGGAAACUGCUGCAGAGCUGUGAAGAGCUUGCGGCUAAGCAGCAGGCCGGCGAGGCAUCAUCGCCCGCAAACGCUCGUCUGGCGGCGUCCGUCGCGCAAUACCUGCACGGUGCGAGGGAGAAGGGCGCCUCCGCCUCCGCUGGCCCACGUGAGACGUUGGAGACGACGGCGCCCUGCGUGGUGCACGUCCGCGCGUUCGCCACGGAGAUGCCGGAGGAGUCGAUGGACGAGCUUGCGGCGGGUGGCAACGAGAGUCACCGCGGGCGGGCGUCCACUGAGGGCCGUGUCUUUUUGUACAAGGGGGAGGAGGAGGAGGAGGAGGAGAACGUCUGUCGCAUCUGCCGUGACGGGGAGGAGGAAGAGAAGCUUGUGUCGGCGUGCGAGUGCACUGGCUCCGUGCGGUGGGUGCACCGCACCUGCCUGGACCGCUGGCGCCUCGAGAGUAUGAAGCGUAACAUUCGCAAUAUAAACCGGUGCGAGAUCUGCAAGAGGCCCUUUAACGUAUCCAUUCGUCGGCGCACGCUCCUGUGGCAAAGCUCACGCCACUUUGUGCUUGCCAUCACCCUCGCCGUCUCCACCGUUGUUUUCUUUGCGGGCCUCUCGGUGCUCCUUCGCAACACGCUGGGGAGCAUCUCCUGUAGAGCCCCCUGGCGCCGCGUGUCCUACGCGACGAUGUUCAACCUGGACGGCAUCAUCCUCACCUUGUUUGGGUACUUUAUGCUUACUUCCCUCGCCACCUUCUCCUUCGCCCUCGUCUACAGCCGGUGGCACGUGCGGGAGGAGACCGAGGCACAUGUGCAGGAGUUUCAGGUUUUGCCGGAGUUUUGGACGCCCCGAAACACCGCGAAGGUUGUGGCGGUGUACGUGAUCGGCGUUGGGCAGGCCCUUUGCCUUGGGUACCUGCUGAAGCUUUUCAUCUACCGCACCAGCAGUGUGGCGUGGAACUGGGAGGCCUCCCCCUCCAUUGGCGCGGUGCUCUACAUGAUGCUCCUCAGCUUUGGCGUUAGCGUCGUUCGCGGGGGGCGGGAGUUCAUCCGGACCCAAACCACGCACAAUGCGCAGCAUGUUGUGGUGGAGACUGCAGACGAAGCGCACCACCCGCCACCACACCAACAAGCGGGAGGCGGAGAGGUCGCAGCUGCGGCAGCAGGAGUGACAGAGGGCAAUGCAGACUCGCAUGGGCAGUACUCCACCGUCGAGGAGCCACGCGCGACGUCAGAGGCGGUUGCGGCGCCGCCGCAUCUACGCCCAAUUCGUGCGGUGGAGUACUGCCCAAGGCGUCCUGUGGGACGUCCCCACUAG